AAGAAGUGGGGCUCCUGCACCCUCAGGCUCAGAUCAAGUUGUGGUCCUGUUUAUUCAUACAGGGUGCUCUCAGGGCAGUGGCUUGAUAAAACCGCAAGCCUUUCAAAAUGAAAUUCUAGACGAUGAAUGCAAGUCGGAUGGAAGAGAGGAUGGGUUUCAGACUGGGAAAAGGAUCAGGGUCAGAUUAGUGAUCCCUGUAAACCAAAACUGAAAGAUUACUAAGAAAAACCUUAGUGUUGGUGAAAUAAAGAGCAGAUGGAUCGUGGUGGAUCUGUGAAGAAUUCAAAUUUAAAAGACUAGGCGGUGUGUGAAAAGCGAACAGAAAAUUCAGUUCUUGAAACUGACCCUGUUGUGUCACAGUAGACGGUGUCCUGAUGCCAAGUGCUUCACUUUUGUUGGUGCUGUUUUCAUCAAAAUGGCUAAAAUCCGCCCUCGCGUUUGUUGCUGGGAAGGCAACCGAAGGUGGAAAAUGCCUCCCUCAAUAUUCUUAACACAACUCAGGGGCAAACUACAGUUGUCUGUACUAUGAAGAGGGCUGCUAUGGCUGCAACUGCAGGAUGAAACGUCUUUUUUCUUAAAAUUCGUGCCUCCUUUUUCUUAUCUUUUGAUAUCUUAACAACCAGGGAAAGCAGGUUGGUGAAGUUGGCAACUCCCCAAACCGCCCCGAGUGGCCCUGAGUAGAAAUCUAGUUGUAUUUGACACUGUGUUUAUGUGGUUCAUGUUCCUAAACACAUUUACAGUCCGUUAAAUUACUGAACUCUAACUGACACACAACGAACCUGUGGCCCAGCGAGUACUGGUUGUUGUCUGGACUUUCUAGGCAGUAUACUGUACGCCUUGUGUUGCCAUGUGUUGUGUGUGUUUGAUGCCUGAUGUGAGGCGGUGAGGCAGACGCACAACGCACAGAGAGCGGGAGGAACAGCGGGUUAAUAAGGGCACAAUGGCUCAUGUUUGCCCCAGGGCCCCAUGAUGGCAGCCCAGUUCGACCAGUCUCUUGCUACAUUACCCUCUGUUUUAUCUCAGCGGGGACAUGAGGGUACGCGUUGAGUGUUAAGGCAUUUUUUGUAAACUUUUGCUGCUGAAAUGAAUUAUAAACCAAAAGCCCAAUAAAGGAUCGCUCUAUCUGUCUGUCCAUCUACUGCUCAGAAGUUUUAGAACUCUCAUUUUCCAGUUUUUUCUUGUAAUCCCUACAGGUGCCCCAGCUUUUGUUGAUUACUUCCGAACCCUCUGUCUGUACCGAGGCAGUGUUGGAACAGACUGUGUUACUACACGCUCUGUUGCAUUAUUAGGACAAUACUGUACUGCAGGAAGUAGUGCUGUGUGUUGCUAUCAGAAUGGUGGGGACAAAGGGAAUCAACAAAGGAAGAGAGACCUCUGGGAUGUGUGGACCGCCUGGGGAAAGUGUAGUUUUCUCCCCAGGUCCACCCUCAACUCCGAGGAUUGUGCAAGCUGUGGGAGGCUCUUCUUGGUCUUCUUAGAGGAGGGUGGCUUCUCCUCCUCCCUGAUUGACUGUAUGGAUGGGGCUGGUCUCACAUGGGUCUGACGCUUUUUCCGUCCCUCCUGCUCCAAGAUGUCAGCCAGCGCUCUGAGGAACCUUGUCAUGACGCCCUCUGUAUCUCCCCUGGCUAAUUGCUGUCUUGCACCAGCCAGCAGGUGCGCCAACGUGUCUCUCUUAGCGCAUAUCUAGCACGGUGGGGCUUCCCUCUUUCCCCACCUGUGCAGGUUUGUUCCUGUUGGGUGUUGGCGUCGUACGCCGAUUGGAGCAGGAAAGAGAUGCGGAUUCCAGUCUCCAAAGUGCAGGCCAUGUGAUCUUCUGCCCCGGCAGGUCCCACUUUGUCCAUGCUCCUUGUGAUCCAAGUUAAACGGCCCAGGGCUUGAACUUCAAUCUUGCCCAUGAAGCCAAGUCAUCAAGGGCCUUCAGGAUCCACCUUGCUCGUACAUGGGAUGAAGUUGUUACGUAAGGUCAUCCAUAGAGUCUCUUAUUGGAGGUUGCCAGCUGCCAGACUCCAUUUUUGGCUGUCUGGACUCCUUCCCUGCUGCUGUUAUGACAGAUUCAUCCCAGUGAUAAACAAGAUGAGAGAGAGUGCAGCCUGUUAUGAUUCCCUUUUCCAAGUCCUGCCACUGGGUUGUGAAAUGGACAGUCUUCAGCUGAAACUUGAAUCCUCCAAAGUAGCUAGCGAUCAUUCCCCUGAUCUGGUGGGGGAUAUGGUAGUGUUUCAUAGCUGCGUUAACGACGUAAUGAGGGAUUGAUCCAUGUGCGUUGGCCAAGUCGAGCCAGACAACAUUUAGUUUGCCUUUGCUCUCUUCGGGCUCCCGGAUCAGCUGGUUGAGGACACCCGUGUUUGUGCCUCUCUUUGAGCUUCCAGUGUGGUCGUCGGCCAUCCAUUGGACACAGUGAAGACACGGCUCCAGGCUGGGAAAGGCUACAAGAACACUCUACACUGCAUUCUCACCAUCUACAGGAAGGAAACGGUCAUGGGGUUUUUUAAGGGCAUGUCUUUCCCGCUGGCCAGCAUCACCGUCUACAACUCAGUGGUGUUUGGCUUCUUCAGUAACACACAGAGACUUAUAAGCAAGUAUCGCUAUGGCGACGAGCGGCAUCCCAGUGGCAUGUUGGACUUGACUGUGGCCAGCAUGCUGACGGGACUGAUGUCAGUGGGCCUGGGAAGCCCGGUGGAUCUGGUCAAGAUCAGACUACAAAUGCAGACGCAGAUGUUUCUAGCAGAGAACUUGCACCUCGCUGGCAACGUGUCGAAUGGCACCAACAUCCCACUGCGCUCCGUCGACAUCCCCAGCCAGAGACUCUACCGAGGACCCAUCCACUGUAUCAGCAGCAUCCUGCAGACUGAGGGCCUCCAGGGCCUAUACAGGGGGGCCGGGGCCAUGAUCCUGAGGGACGUUCCGGGGUACACGCUCUACUUCAUCCCAUACGCCAUCUUCUGCGACCUGCUGAAGCCAGAGGCCACGUCGAGCCCUCAUCCUUGUUCUAUCUGGCUCGCUGGGGGACUGGCAGGGUCCAUCUCCUGGGUCACGGCCACGCCGGCCGAUGUGGUGAAGAGUCGAAUGCAGGCCGACGCUCAGCUGCAGAGGAAGUACAAGGGAAUCUUGCACUGCAUCAUCCACAGCUACAAGACAGAGGGAGCACAGGUUUUCUUCCGCGGAGCGUCAGUCAACGCCAUACGAGGCUUCCCGAUGAGUGCCACCAUGUUCCUGACCUACGAACUCUCCCUGCGGUUCUUCAGGAGUCUCUAGGACGAUGGGCGCCUCGCGGCGGCAACGGCGUCACGCUCGGUUCUCGGCGAAUGGGCGGCCAGCAAACAGGCCCCGGUGUCUCUGGGUAGCUUUAGCAGCAGUGAGUCAACAGCCUGUGACCUGAUGCUAACUCGCCCACGUUUUACUGUGAGGUGAUGAAAAGUUUUAGCCCUGAGAUAUAGUCGCUACUGACCCUCUCGUCACACAGUGUUUUGGUAGGUCAGCGAUGUUUUAAACUAUCACUUUAGGUUUCGUAUGGUUGUACUGUUAAAUAAAAAUAAAUAAUAAUACAUAUUAAUCCUGACAUCCAAACCAUCCAUGCUCCCCCGGGGAAGAGCCUUGGCUGUAGGUCGUUUGCCAUCAGGGCUCCAAAACUCUGGAAUAGCUCUCCACUGGAAAUUAGGCAACCAACCUCAGUGUCCUCUACGAAAGACAUAUUUAAUUGAUUGGCUUUUAAUUUUGUUAUGCACUUAAAGUAAACAAGUAGGUAAAGUAGAAUAUUUUUCUCAUGUAUUGUACUUUCUCCCGCGUAUGUUCGCCUUCCCUUUGUUUUUAAUCCUCUCCCACGUCUGUAAAGCACUUUGGUAAACGUGUUCUUGAAAAGUGCUAUUUGAAACAAAGAUGACUACCUUCACUGGUUUCAGUGAGAGUGGGGAAAAAAAUUCCUCUCUGAGCGUGCUCCUGAGAUUAGGCGUCGUUCUAGAAGGGAUCAUUUGUUUUACUCGAACCGCUACAAAGCGGCUUCCUGGCGGCUGUAAGCAAAGCAGCGGCGUUUAAAUGCUGAAAUCUCAGCACAACGAGGGCAACAGGGGACAUAUGGAUGGUUUUGGUGUCAACAUUCUCAUUAUUUAAUGGAUAAUUUGAGUAUUGCCUUGAUGCAAAUUUACCAAAGAACUGUGUGUAUUCCUGUUUAAGGUAGUUUAGGGGAAAUGAGACUAUGCUAUGCUGCAGUUUGGGAUCUCGCUGUUCUGUAGCAGAACUUUAGCUGGACGGUGGAACUCUUUCUCGCACACCGGCAGCUUGUUCCUGGAGGAGACGGUUACUCCUCUGUUUCGACCUGCAUCAAACAGUUAACACGCACUCGUAGGACGAAAGAUCCAAUCGUCGAGAUUGAAAAAUGACUUUUUGGUGAUGUUUCAAAUCUGACGUAUAAAUAGUUUGAACAUCGGUUCCCCCUGAAGUAUGGUCAUGUAAGUGAUUUUGAAGUAUUAGGUGGACACUUUCCCCUUUCAACCAAGUUGAGACAAGUUGAACCGAGACACCUGAACAUCUUUUGAGCCGCAAGCCACCGAGCGAGUACUUCUGGUCGCCGUCCGGUCUUUGUAAGGAGCCAUUUCUCAGUAAGGAAGGGAGCCGUGCGCUUCCGUCCCGGCGGGGCGAAGAAAUGCCACUUCCUGCUGACAAGAGAGUUGAGUGUGUUUACCGAGGAUGUGACAUUUUCAGCACAGCUGUGGGUUUGUUUCCCUUUAGUUUCGAUUUACUUUCAGUUGAUACCUUGCAUGUGAGUAGAAAUAAUUCAAUGAGUUCACACACUUAAUCGGUAAAUGUUAAUGUUAAUUUCAGACUUUUAGACUAUUUUAUUUAACCUCGAAUCAAAUUCAUAAUGAAUAUGAAAUGUUUAAUGAAGUGUUGAAAAUGCUGCAUCCUUUUGAAAUGUUGCCUUUCACUGCACAUGGACUGUGUGUGCUUCCCAUGUUACCGAACACUUGUACAUAUAAUAUUUGUGUGUUUCUUAUAUUAAGAAAAGUGAGUUUUACAAGUUAAUUUUAACUUCACGUUAAAAUGAGCUUUUUUUUCCCCAUAAUACCGUUAAAACGCACGGAUUCAGAUACACAUGAGCCACCGUAGCACAGUUAAGUUUUUGCUUUUUUUUUUU